AUGGAAACCACAUUUUGUGACCGGGAUGGCUUGCGCACGAAGUUUUCCAAAGCCAUGUCAGAUAUGUACAUGCAGGAAGUACCCUCGUAUGCGGACCUGAUCGAUAUUGUGACAGAGGUUAAUACCAGAAUUAUAUCUCAAGUUUCACCGAAUACAAAAUCAGAAAGUGAUUUUCCUGAUACUCAAAAUAUCUAUAGGUUAACACUCGAGCGGCAUGGAGCAAUUCGACUUGGAACACCCUUUGAGCUUUCAACAAUUCGGCGAUUGUUCGCACAAUUCGACAUGUACCCCGUGGGUUACUAUGACCUUAGUAUUGCAGGGCUGCCCCUACAUGCAACCGCAUUCAGACCCAUUGAUGUUGAAGCACUGGAAAGAAACCCAUUCCGAGUUUUCACAACAUUGCUCAGGCCUGACUUACUAAGGAAAGAAGCUCGAGAUUUGUCUAGAGAGAUACUGGAGAAACGCAAUAUUUUCCCCCAUCGACUCCUAGAUCUCCUCGAGGACGCUGAAAGGAAAGGCGGUGUUGAGGUUGGUCUAGUGGACGAUUUUAUCAAGGAGACAUUGGAGGUAUUUCGAUGGCAUGAAACCGCCACAACAAGCUAUGACGAAUAUUUGCAACUCAAGGAAGAGCAUCCCCUUUUGGCGGACAUUGCAUCCUUCCGGAGUGCCCAUAUCAACCACCUCACGCCAAGGACACUUGAUAUUGAUCAAGCACAAGAGGCCAUGAGCUUACGCGGAUUGAAGGUGAAGGAACGGAUAGAAGGGCCUCCUCCUAGGAAGUAUGCUAUCCUCCUCAGACAAACAAGUUUCAAAGCCAUCCAUGAGAAUGUGAGCUUCCGAUCCCCCCGAAACGGGGUAGUGCAAGGUAUCCACACAGCCAGAUUCGGCGAGAUAGAGCAAAGGGGCGCUGCGUUGACUUUCAAAGGUCGACAGUUGUACGAUGAGCUUCUUAUGGAGGUCAACGCUAAAGCGGGCAGCGUGAGAGCUGAUGCAGCAGUUUAUAAUCAAGUGCUGAGAGAUGAGUUUGCUGCAUUUCCAGACGAUAAGGAUACUCUUCGUGAACAAGGUCUUAUAUUUUGUUCCUAUAAGCCGACCGAAAAGGCCCUCGACCUGAUAUCGAAUAACAUAACAAUGUUCCAAACAUCGAUUAGUGAGCUGCUUGAUCAAGGUCUUGUCGAUUUUGAGCCAUUAACAUAUGAAGAUUUCCUCCCUUUCUCUGCCGCCGGCAUAUUCAGAUCAAAUCUGGGCGAGGCUGGUAACGAGAAUCCGAGUGUAAAGUCCGGACCAGAUAAAAAGGGCUUUGAAGUGUGUCUGGGUAGCAAAACGCUUAAUAGCAUGGAGCUGUAUUCGAAAGUCCAGCAGAGUAGCUUGGAUUAUUGCUCGCGUGUUUUGAAACUUGAGAAUAUCAGCUUGUAG